AUGGCGCAGCCUCCACCAGCGAAGAAGGUGUCGGACCGAGUUCAUCUCGGCUUCGCCGCGCUGGCCGCAAACGAAAAGAAGAUGGCGGCGAUUCGCAAGAACGCAGAAGACUCGAAAUACUUUGACGGCUCCGCCCCCAAAACCAGAAAGAGAAGAGAGCAGGUCAGGGCGUACUUCGAAGCUUUCGUCAAGUCAUGUUAUGGCGAGACCGAUGUCGAACAGAUCUGGAACUCUCAGAUGUUCACUGCUCGCACGAAGCAGUUUCUGGAGGGGGUGACCAACAUUACUCAAGGCAGAUUUGAGGAGAAUAUAAAGGCUUCUACGUUGUGGGGAUACAAACACAGCAUUUACUGGUGGGCCGCAGUACUUGUUGAAAAUUUCCACCUCCUUUGGCAAAAGUGGCACACCGAAGUGGCGCGGCACAUACACCAGCUUUCUGUCCAAGAGUCCUUGAGCACUCGCUCAUGGAAGAAGAACAACUUGAGCGACUGCGAGCUCGUCCUCAUCUUCGACUACAUUUGUAACCAGCGUUACGGACUGGACAAUCUCAAGCAACACUGGGCUGCGUUGCUACUCGUGUGGCUGACCGCCGUGAGGCCUGCCUCUUUCACUGUCGGCCAAGGUUACGCAAAGGGAGAGCCUCUAGGAGUUUCCGGCCGGUUCUGCAAGUUGAGCGCGACACUUCGGUGGUCAGAUGUUGAGUUUGUCAACAUGAAAGUGGGCAUUGCCGUGCGCAUCACAUUUCGAUAUCACAAAGGGUAUCGGAACCCACACAAGGAUCAUGCGAUGACCAGCGAUGCGAAACGAACAUUUAUCUUCCUGCCAUCGACCAACGAACGCCUCGAGUUUGACCUUGCACUCAUACUGCUCGGCAUCGCCUGCCAGCGUGGCCUGUUCGUCCAAACCUUGGAGGAAAUUCUUACCCGCAAGCCAUCGGAUGUUUUUUUGAAGAAGCAUGAUGAUAUCAACCAACAGGCUGUCUUUGUGCAAGCAGAUCAGGCCGGUAAUUUGCAUCCAGAUAAGGAAAUGCUAUCGAGCGCCCUGAACCCCAAACUCCAGCAACUUUGCACCGGCGUCGGCCUCCUCGAACGAAACACCUAUUAUUCUCUUCGACGUACAGCGAUCGUUGAAACUCGUCGAGAACACGGCACCGAGAAAGCAAAAGACUUGGCGUUUCAUGUGGCAAAUGCGAACAGUCUAUUCUUCUACGAUAAUGUGGGCUUCGGCGAUCUUGACAUGCAGCAUUUCCGGCAAGGUGGGGAUGAGACCAUGAGUCGCGAGGAGAUACGCAAAUAUUUUUCUCAAGCCAAUCUCGCACGCUACCAGCAAACAGAUAACUACGACGAUGCAUCACUCGGACAAGUUCUCAAUGAACAAGUAAGAGAUAGACUGCACAACCACGAUGAGUACAUUGCAAAGGAGCAGGAACUAAAGGACUUGUACACGGAAGUUGGCAAAAAACUUGAGGAAAUGCAAGUCAACGGCGAGAUACCGGAAAUGGAGAAGAUACCUCUUGGGUUCCUAGGCAACGAUGGCGCCAAGUACAAAGCUCUGGCAACUACUUACCACCUUACGGAGUUCACUCAGAGGAUUGACGAUCAGCUUAAGGCAAGGAAAGCACUUUACAGAGCUUUGCGUCUGACAAUCCGCAAGGAGAUGAUGGAAGAGCUACGUUCAAAGCACAGCGCUGUUCUGUCCGAGAGCCAAAAGCAAUCUCGUAAAGCCAUCCUCAGUUCACGUGAUGGCACUGGUUACCAGCCGCGCAACGCCAGUGAGUUAGACGUCACCGGUCUUGAAGCUUCAGAGACAGCCGUACUCGCCAUACAAAGCAUUGUCGAAGCUGUGCCCGAUGAGGAGGAAACAGAAGGACUUGAUCCGGGUUUCAUGGAGCAGCAGAACAUGCAUUCUCGAGAAGAGCCAGAAUGCUGGGCUGGUCUCAAAGACGUAGUCGAGAUACAGCUCGGCAGUGGCGAGACUUCAGCGCAGACUCUGGACGCCAGGCACGAGUUUCUCAUGAAAUGGUAUAAUCUUCGCGAUUCUGUGGUGCCGCAGGCCAACCUGAAUUGUCCUCGCUGCCAAAUUGAUCCCACCAUGGAUAAGGCUGCCAAAGAUCGUAAGUUCAACCUUUACCGACUGAAAACGCACAUGCGAGGCGGCUUGCACACCCGGGAGAAACAAAUCAGGCGCGCGCUGGAGCAGGAUGGUUUGGACCAUACAUCUCAUGUCAUAUGCCCCGUGUGUCAGACCCCGAAUAAGGGUGUGAAAGGCUUCAUCAAGCACCUGAAGGAAAUUCACCCAGAGCAGCUCUGGGAAGACUUUGAGGACGAGAGUGGGAACGAGGGCCACGAGUCUGAGGCGACUGACUUUGAAGGCUUCAGUGAUGUGGUGGAGGGUGCUGUCGGCGGAAGUCCUGAUGAUGAGGAGGAGCCCAGCGAAUUCGGUGGUUUCUCGUCCCCUGUCCCUACAUAUGAAGGGAAGGGAAAGGGUAGGGCAUAG